GAAUAAUUCCUCUUCUAGGACUUUGUGGAGAUUGGGAUACUGUGCCAGACUACUGAAAACUAAUCAUUUUAGGACAGCUGCAUCAAAUACAUCAUUUCCAGCAGUUUGGAUGCUAUUAGCACAACAUUCUGGCAGAAUACCUGGGCUCUUUGUAGUAGUUAAAAAAAAUACUUUCUUCACAAUGCCCGAAACCGUGGAGGAUAAAACUAAUCCAGAACUGUAUUUGCCACAUCCUGGAGUGCGUGGGAUGACACUGCUCGACAGAGAGGCUUUCAAAAGGACAGUGGUCGUUCCAGCUCUUAAAGUCAAGAAGGAAAUUGUGCACAAUGUGCUGAAGUCCCUAAAACAAUCAGUACUGCAGCGUCCCGGCCUCAAGCGGGUGGUGGAGGACCCAGAGGAUGAGGACAGCAGAUUUGUUAUCCUGGAUCCUCAUAAAGUACCUGAAUUCUCAUUGGGAGAGUCAGAGCAGCAGGUCCUGAAGCAGCUCAGUGUCCAUCCUGAGGUGUCCAAGUACCACCUGGAGCUGACCUAUGAGAAUUUCAAGUCGGAGGAGAUCCUGCGAGCCGUCCUUCCCGAAGGACAGGAGGUCACCUCUGGAUUCAGCCGUGUUGGCCACAUUGCUCAUUUGAAUCUCAGGGAUCACCAGCUGCCCUACAGACACUUGAUUGGCCAGGUUAUAAUGGACAAAAAUCCAGGAAUCACCUGUGUAGUGAAUAAAACCAAUAUUAUCGACAGCACAUACAGGAAUUUUGAGAUGGAAGUGCUUGCUGGAGAGGACAACCUGGUGACCAAGGUCAAAGAAAAUAACAUUUCCUAUGAACUGGACUUUUCCAAAGUGUACUGGAACCCGCGCCUGUCCACGGAGCACGGCCGCAUCGUGGAGCUGCUCAAGGCUGGUGAUGUUCUCUUCGACGUCUUCGCUGGGGUCGGGCCUUUUGCCAUCCCAGCAGCCAAGAGGAAGUGCAGAGUGUUUGCCAACGACCUCAACCCCGAGUCCUACAGCUGGCUGCUGCACAACUGCAAGCUCAACAAGGUGGACACCAGGGUCAAGGCGUUCAACAUGGACGGCAGGGCCUUCCUGCAGGGGCCGGUGAGGGAGGAGCUCAGCAGAGAGCUCCUGCUCCUGAAGGAGGAGCAGAAAACCAAUUUCCACAUAGUGAUGAAUUUGCCAGCUCUGGCUGUGGAGUUCCUGGAUGUUUUCAGGCAUCUCUUGGUUGGGGAGCCCUGCAGCCCUGCUGCCCUUCCCACUGUGCACUGCUACGGGUUCUCCAAACACAGCAACCCAGCCAGGGACAUUCAGGAGCGAGCAGAAGCUGUGCUGGGAACCUCCUUGGCUGGGCGCUGCUCCACUUUCCAGGUCAGGAACGUGGCACCCAACAAGGAGAUGCUGUGCCUCAGUUUCCAGAUCCCAGCAGAUGUGCUCUACAAGAGGCCCUGCCCUGAUGAAGCAAAACCAGCCUCGAAACGUCUGUGUACCAGCCAAGAUUCUUCAGAAGAGAAGAUACUGAGUUGAAGAGCAGAGCUGUGGUGACUACCUUAGUUUGUGUAAAGGAUUUUUGGGGUGUCUCUGUUUUACCCCUUGGAGCAGACCUGUGUUCCCAUCGAGUUUCCUUUGGGAGCCUUGCUUCCUGCAGUCAACUUUUCUUCUCAU